AUCUUUAAAUGAAUAUUAUAGCGUGCCCACCCUUAAAUGUGAGGUCGAAAGGUUACAAUAAUCGUUUGACUAGUAAGGACGGAGUGGGAGCAUAAAUAGCCAGUCUGUUCCCGCCGCUUUCUGCAGAGGUCCCGGUCUCAACACCUGGCAAAAGAGCGACAACACACCGAUUUCAUCAACAGCUCAACUUGCAUGCUUUUUUUUUGAUACAAAAAAGAACAGAAACCACCCGCUCGCGGCAAUCUGAUGGCGAUGUGUGAAUUGUGGAGAGUUUGGGGGAUGCUACUUGUGACGGCGCUGGGCUGCGGGCGAUGCCGGCCCGUGGAAGGGGAAGCUCCGUGUGCGGCCAGUGACCGGGCCAAGUACAGUCUCAUCUUCACGGGCAAGUGGAGCCGCACUGCCUUCCCCAAGCAGUACCCGCUGUACCGGCCCCCGGCGCAGUGGUCCCCGAUGAUGGUGGUCACCCACAGCAGUGACUAUCACAUGUGGCGAGUGGGUGAAUAUGCCAGCAAUGGAGUACGGGAAUUUGCAGAGAAAAGUGAGGCAUGGUCUUUGAUGCGAGAAGUGGAAGCAUCGGGAGAAAAAAUCCAGAGUGUCUAUGGGGUUUUCUCAGCACCAGCUAUCCCAAAUGGUGUGGAACAGACUUCCACUGAAUUUGAAGUGCAUGCUAGACAUUCUUUUAUGUCUUUUAUGGUUCGUAUUGUACCAAGUCCAGAUUGGUUUGUAGGAGGUGACAGUAUUAAUCUGUGUGAAGGAGACAACUGGAAAGAGCAAAUGUCUAUAGACCUGUAUCCCUACGAUGCUGGGACAGACAGCGGUUUCACCUUUUCUUCACCAAAUUUUGCUACCAUUCCCCAGGAGACCAUCACUGAGAUAACGUCGAGCUCACCAAGCCACCCUGCAAACUCAUUCUUCUAUCCCAGACUGAAGCAGCUCCCUCCAAUCGCCAGAGUGAUGCUGACAAAGCUGAAGGACAACCGAUUAAUUGGAAUUAUUCCAGCUCAGUCCAACCUCAUUCCCAUGGGCAAUGAGAUAGAUGACAUUGUGUCAGAGACUCCAUUGGACUGCGAGGUUUCCACCUGGUCUUCCUGGGGCCUGUGCAUGGGGAAAUGCACAGAGAAGGGUGUGAAGCGCCGCACUCGCUACAUCCGACUGAAACCAGCCAAUAGCGGUACUCCAUGUCCAGAGCUACAGGAGGAGGAGCAAUGUGUGCUGCACAACUGUGUCUAAAAGUGACACUUGAUGAUAGAUCACAUUGUCACCUUUUGGAGAUGAGAAGGGCUGGACCUCACCAAAGAUGGGUCCCUAUGCAAUAUUAAUUAAUUCAACUAAUUGUUAUUGAUUCAGGGUUAAAAUGACAGCUAAGCUGACAGUCAUUCUAUGUAAAUGCUAAUGCUUUUCCUAUCAGUUUGAUGUCUACUAAUUGGAGAGUUUAGUUUUUUCUUUUCUCAUUUGCCAUCACUAUCUUAGUGUACAGCAAAUACUGUAAGCAAUGAUGAUUCAAAACCAUCCUCAGCAGUAAACUAAUCUCUCGAGUAAAUUCUCAGAUUAGACUGCAGUUUGGAAAUCAUCCCUAGAAUCGCACGUUAUUUAUACUGUGUAAAUUUCAAGUUAACACCAGCUUUUGAAUUCUUCUGUUUUUGUUGUUGGCAUAAAUGAUAAUCUGUGAAUGCCUUCCGGGUUCUUGAUCUGUGAUGGUAUUUAUGUCAGAAGAUUAAAAGUGGUUAGCAAUGACAUUUUUAUAAUCUAAAUUUAAUUACCUGGCAUUAUGUGCAGUUGCUAAUUAAUAGCUUUAAGAAAAUAAUGAUGAAAAUUGAUUUGAAUGUUGCUGUUAACUUGUAUUUUGCAUGCAUUCUCAUUUAAAAGUUGUCUUAGGCAGUCAAAAUAUUUACUGAAAACCUUCAUAGAAGAAAUAACAAAAUUUUUAUUGCAUUCUCAUGAUUAUUCAUUGAGAGAUUAUAUUACUGAUAUAAUUAUUUCCUGAGGAAAAUACAUUUUGAUACUAAUUUAAAACAUUUUAUCCAGUUCUGUCUUUCAGUUAAACCCAAAAUAGUUUUUUUUAAAAAUCAGUGUACUUAAAUUAAGGAAGCUAUUGCAAUUCGGUCUGAGUUUUUUUGUCUCUAAAGGCGUUUUGUUGGACAGAGCAAUCCAUUGCAAUAUGUGAGAAAUUUAAUUUGGGUAGAGACUUUCUUGUGAGGAUGUUACAUUCUUAUUUAUUUGUCCAUAUUACACAAAUUAACCUAAAUCACAAGAUAUAAUUCAUGAAAUAGCUUUGUAGAUGGGUUAUAUAGGAAGGUGUAGGUGAUUCAAUCCCUCAAACCUGUUCAGCCAUUCAAUGAGAUCAUGGCUGAUCUGUGGCCUAACUCCAUGUCACCUGCCUUUUUCUGAUAUUGAUUAAUAUCUCUUUGCUAUCUUUCUGCUUCACAGAAAAAAGAUCUCAGAUUUAAAAUGAAUAAUUAACAACUGAUCAAGCAUGGUUGGAUAGGAUGGACGGAGAGAUUUGGCUGAGUCUGUUAACUACUUAAACAAUUUCAGAGUAUUUACCCAUGUGUUAAUAUCAAUUAACGAAGUUCCACCUUGCACCACUUGCUUGUGAUGAGAUAAGUUGUUGGGAUGUGAGUAGCUGAAGUAUUUCUGUAUGUGUCAUUUGGCAAUUGAAGCUAAGGGAAACUCUGAUCCAUCAGUCAUUGGGUGGAUCGAUCUGUGGAUUUCUCAACAAUCGAUGUCUGGUAUAUUCAAUAAAGAAUCAAAAUGGUAUAGAUUGCUAUAACAUGUGAAUAUGACAGAUUAAUGUGCAAUGCUAUAGAAUGGAUUGAAUGCAGUUUAAAAUCUACUGUAAAUGUAUAUAAUGAACCAUUAAUUUUAGCACCAUGCUUGUGGGGAGCAUCAAAUGAAGACCAAACACCAUCUCAUGACAAAGGAAAGCAAUUGUCAGGAAGAGUCCCCAUGAGUUUACAUGGCACUGGUGAUCAAUCACAGAAUGGAAUAGGCAGAAACUUGUCUCUGGAAUUCUGUGUUCCGUCCUUAAAAAAUAAAACCCGUUUUAUUGUUGUUACUGGUGAGAUCAGUGCCACUCUGGUCAUUUUGAAUUUGAUACACAGGUCUGACUUGCAACUCCACUUCAGAGAGGCUUUGCAUUCCAAGCAUGUUGGGAGAUGACUGGAGUCUGAUUAUAGGACAGAAGAAGUUAGGGUGGCAAGUUUUCAUUUAUAAAUAACAUGCAAGAACAUUGUGAAAUGCAUGCUUUUUUGUAUUUGAAGACUGUUUUUUAAUUUGAAUUCACAUUCUCAUAUGGUCAUCAGGGAAUCUGAUCCCAUUACAGAUUAGGGUAGAUAUGAAUUCAAUAACAUGACCACCACACUCCCAUAUCCUUAAUGAUACUAGGUACUUAAACUAGAAAGAACUGUAAGGAACGGCAGAUGUAGUCAUCAAUCUUCCACUUCAAUCUAGGUUAAUUAAAAUUC